AUGGUCAAGCUCAGCUCCUAUCAUGCACUUCUAACGCUUCCAGCGCUGACACUCGUGACAUCCUCCCCCCUGAUCGAAUCAACCAAUCCUGCCCAACUCUCACUCAACAAUCUGCUAUCGGCCUCAGUAUCCACUCAGCAUGAAGUGAACCCCUCGAUACUUUCUGCCCUGGAGCAACAUGAGGAUCCGGUAGAUGCCUUGUUAUCUCUCAAACCGGAAUUAAAGGAUAUGAUGAGCCAGCGUAGAUUGCUAAGGAUUUUCGGUCAAGGACCACGAGAAGGUGUCUGGAUGACAGAGGGGGACAAGUUGCGUCUUAGGAGAGGGGGGAACAAAUUCAUGGAUCUAACGGAAAGUCAGGAACUGUUGGACAGCAGACUGAUGGCUGGCAAAGCGAACACACCUGAACUCACCCAUCAGCGAUACAUCCGUCCUAUCUUCUCUGAUCUCAGUACCUCUCACAUGCACGAUGUCCUGCUGAAAGCUACCUCUUUCUUCAAUCGUUACUAUCAUGCCGAGACAGGUGUCCAAUCCGCUCGAUGGAUACAUGAUUAUAUUGCUUCCAUCAUCGCCCAGUCUCCCGUUGGCGAGUUCAUCUCGUUGGAAUAUCAUACCCACCACUUCCCACAGCCCAGUAUCGUAGCUAGGUUUGAACCGCCCAUUCGGAACGCUUCUCUCCCGCUGACCAUCAUCGGGGCGCACCAAGAUUCAGCCAACUAUCUAUUCCCUCUUCUGCCUGCCCCCGGUGCAGACGACGACAUGUCGGGAUCGACCAGCAUCUUAGAGGCGUUCAGAGCUUUGGCAAACAGGGGAUAUAUCCCUCAGAGGGGACCAGUAGAAUUUCACUGGUACGCGGCGGAAGAAGCUGGUCUGCUGGGUAGUCAAGAGAUUGUAGCGUACAAAAGGGGACUGAACGCUAAAGUAGGAGCUAUGAUGGAGUUUGACAUGACUGCUUUCGUCGCUCGGAACACCACACCACACAUCUUCCUACUCGAGAACGACGCGGAUGAUGACCUUACGAAAUGGGUAGUGAAACUUGCGAAAGAAUAUGUAGAUAUUCCUGUCAACACAUCUUCUCUAGGUGCCGGUGCAGGAUCGGAUUACAUGUCAUGGACUCAAGGUGGCUAUCCCGCAGCUUUUGCAGCAGAGGGUGAUCCAUUAGCGGGUGGAUUCCCAGGAGAUUUCGAUGGGUAUAUUCAUACAGAUAAGGAUAAGAUGGAUAUUGACGAUGAGACUGGGUAUUUCUCGUUAGAGCACAUGCUCGAAUUUUCCAAACUCGCCGUAGCAUUCGCCGUCGAACAAGCCGGCUGGUCUGACAAGCAUACACGGGGCGAUGACAACAAGAAGCUCGCGUGGUAG